AUGGCCAGUGGGGUAGUGCUGAGUGGUGAGCAAAACCGGGAUGGAGAACAUGGCGAGAAGUCAAUGAGCGAAUUAGAUUCUAAGAUUGGGUCGAAUAUUGAAAGAAAUCGUUUCUUCCUAAGCCUCCCAGGACCUAACCGAGUCAAGAAUCUUCUUUUCAUCGGUGGACUUAUCGGUGAACCAAUCGCGUUUAUUGCCAUAUGGACGAUUGUCAUCUCUCAACACGCGAAAGGAGUGCCCGAGAGCGUGUCACUGGGGAGAGGUAGUGCAGAACAAUCUCAAAUUAGCGAUAUAUCUUAUGUCGUACCCAGGUCCUGGGUUUUGGGUGAUGUAGCAGUAACGAAGGUGCCUCAACUAGAAUAUGGGAACAGUCAUUAA